UUUUCUAUAUGUUGCGCUCUGAAAUUGUUGAUUGAGAGAGAGUGUGGAGAGGGACAGUUUCAGUAGGGAGAGAGAGAAUUCAAUACUGUGGUUAGAGAGAGAGAGAGAGAAUGGGUGCCACCGCCACACCCCAACUACUGCAUAUCUCUCUCUCUUUCAAAUCAGCAGUCACAACCUUGGUUCCUGUUACAACUCAAGUGCAUUCUUCUCAUUCAGUUCCCAUGCAUUUCAAUGGUGGUAUUCGUUGUCAGAAAUUAAAAAUUUUGAAUUUUGCAAGUGAUCAUCAAAUUCACAGAAGAGAGGUUCUGAAAGGCUUCGGCAUUGCCAUUGGCAUGGAGAUUAUAUCAAGUUGCAAUCAAUUUACUGGAGUGGCUGAAGCUGCAGAUCUUAUCCAGCAAAGACAACGUUCCGAAUUCUUGAACAAUGCCAAGGGUACCUUGAGCACAGUUAUUGCAGGCCAACCAGAAGCGAUUUCAUCUAUUCUGAAGCUGGCCUUGAAUGACUCCAUUACUUAUGACAAGUCUACAAAGUCUGGGGGCCCAAAUGGAUCAAUUCGGUUCAGCUCAGAAAUAAAUAGAGCUGAAAACAGUGGGCUUCAAUCUGCAUUGAAUCUUUUGGAGCAAGCUAAAAAGGAAAUAGAUUCCAAUUCCAAGGGGGGGCCCAUUUCAUUUUCAGACCUCAUCCAAUAUGCUGCACAGGCAGCUGUGAAGAAGACCUUCCUCGAUGCUGCAAUUCGCAAAUGCGGUGGAAAUGAAGAGAAGGGAAGACUAUUAUACACUGCAUAUGGUUCAAGUGGCCAGUGGGGCUUGUUCGAUAGACAAUUUGGGCGAACUGAUUCUGAUGCACCAGACCCUGAAGGUAGGAUUCCUCAAUGGGACAAAGUAUCUGUUCAAGAAAUGAAGGAUAAAUUUGCGGCUGCUGGCUUUGGCCCUCGUCAGCUUGCUGUCAUGUCUGCAUUUAUUGGGCCAGAUCAAUUAGCAACUGAGGCAUAUCUGGCCUCUGAUCCGGAUGUAGCCCCAUGGGUUAAGAAAUACCAAAAUAGCCGGGAAACAGUGUCACAAACUGAUUAUGAGGUGGAUCUUAUUACUACACUCACAAAACUCGGUUGCCUUGGCCAAAAAAUCAAUUAUGAGGCCUACACAUAUCCUGUGAAAAAGGUCGAUUUAAGCAAGCUGAAAUUAUAGAAGAUUUCACCCUUACCUCAACCGGUGUCCAUUUUUGCAUUGGACGCAGUCAUUGUUUUAUUUGUAAUUAUUGUCAAUUUUUUGUUUUUCUUGAUGAAAAUCAGUGAAGAGAGAGAUCA